AGGCCAGCAUCCAUCUAACGUCGUUCCGUCGUUCCCGAAGAGUCAGUGCUUUUGAUGUCCUUCGCGCAAGAGCUGGGGCAGAGAAGCCUCGCUGCUUGUGUGGACUCCCACAAUUCGUGGGUGGAGGAGACUCUGCGAAAGCUCAUGACGGAGUGUGAGGCAAAGGCGGCGCAGGGCCAUUGUGUUGCGUGUGUGAUCCAACCUAGGCCAAGCCUGUUCCCAGAGGAUGCGAUGGCCCUGUUGGAUCAAAGGCUUGCGGAUCUCGGCUUCACAAGUAAGGCGGUGGUCCUCAAUUGGCACAACAAUGUGUACGCCCAUGUGACGUGGAACAUGGCCCAGAUGCCUGACGAGACGAACUCGACGCCCCAGGGCAUCAAAGGCACCUGUCCCAUUUGCCACGAGAAUUGGCACCUGGUAGCUCUCACUCCUUGUGGCCACACAGUGUGUCAACAGUGCCAGAAAUCUUCGGGGCUUCGCCAGUGCCCCAUGUGCCGUGAGAACUUGACGGGUGCAACCCGGGCGCUUUUUAUGGAAUGAAUUGCUUGGCAAGAAUGGUCAUGAAUGGUAUAGCCCCGUGUGGCUCAGAUGCAGCAGCCUUCAUGGAAAUCGUCACAGGUCACUUCGUGCUGUGCGGUUUCUUCGUUGCGAGGCAUGUUGCGGUUGAACAGUGAGAGAUUCUGCCGAGGCAGUUCGGAAUUUUGGUUUAUAUAAAUGUCUAGAUCCCACUCCGGAUAGUUCUCAUGGCUAGUUGGGAUAGCUUCACAAAAUUUGAAACAGGGACAAAGGUCCAAUCAAUUUAUGUGGCACCCCUGGGCAUUUCACAAGAAUGUGCCCGGUGCAAACUGCCAAGAUUUGCCAAGUGUUUUUUUUGUUUAGACGCUUUUAGCUAGCAUUCUGAGCAUUCUGACAGGGAAACCGGGAGCCAUGAGACCAAAACACCACGCGUUUAUGCGAUAGCUGCUUGAGAUUCAAGCAUGACAAUUU